GGUAAGAGCGCCCCCGCCCUCCUCUCCUCGGUCCCGGGCCCACCCCAGCCACCUCCGCCCCACCCCCCGUCACUCGUCCAUCCCUACUCCGCCUCUCUGGCACCCCGGAACCUGUCGCGAGGAGGGCCGUGGCCUCAACCCCGCGUGGUACCCAGGCGGCUGGGAGGGGAUGGCCCUGGGGACCUGGGGACGGGAAGUCGCUCUUACCUCCGGGUUCGAGGGCUGGUCCCCGCCCCCAAGCCCUGACAUGGAGGAGCUGCUCCAGAGCGUGGAGAGGGACCUGAACAUCGAUGCCCGCCAGCUGGCUCCAGCCCCUGGGGGCAAGCACGUGGUGGCCCUAGUGCCCGCGCGCUGGCUGCCAGGCCCCCGGGCCGAGGGCCUGAGCGAAGAGGAAGUCAGGACUCUCCUGCAACGAUCGGUGCAGAGGCUGCCCCCAGGCUGGACGCGAGUAGAGGUGCAUGGGCUACGAAAACGGAGGCUGUCCUACCCGCUGGGUGGCGGCCUGUCCUUUGAGGAGGGUUCCUGCAGCCCCGAAACCCUCAAUCGCUUCAUGCAGGAUGUGGCUGCCCAGAAUUAUCGCAACCUAUGGCGCCAUGCGUAUCAUACCUAUGGGCAGCCCUAUAGUCAUAGCCCUGCCCCCUCAACUGUCCCUGCCCUGGACUCGGUAAGACAAGCUCUGCAGAGGGUCUAUGGUUGCUCCUUCCUGCCAGUGGGUGAAACUACCCAAUGCCCAGCAUAUGCCAGAGAUGGCCCCUGUCCCCCUCGGGGCAGCCCCGCCUGUCCCAGUCUAUUGAGAGCUGAGGCCCUGCUGGAGUCGCCCGAGAUGCUGUAUGUGGUGCACCCUUAUGUGCAGUUCACCCUGCAUGACGUGGUCACCUUCAGCCCCGCCAAGCUGACCAACAGCCACGCCAAGGUGCUCUUCAUUCUCUUCCGUGUGCUGCGGGCCAUGGAUGCCUGUCACCGCCAGGGCCUGGCCUGUGGGGCCCUCUCUCUGCACCACAUUGCUGUGGAUGAGAAACUUUGCAGCGAGCUCCGGCUGGACCUGAGUGCUUAUGAGAGACGGGAAGAGGAUGAGAGUGAGGAGACCCCCGUAGCAAGGGACAGGGCAGGCCCUGAUGGUGGAGAGGAGGGAGGCGGGGGACCCCGGUGUCCUUCCUGCCAGGAGGAACUCCGGUGCCUUGUGCUCGACUGGGUCCACGGCCGCAUCAGCAACUUCCACUACCUCAUGCAGCUGAACCGAUUGGCAGGUCGGCGGCAGGGGGAUCCCAACUACCACCCAGUGUUGCCCUGGGUGGUGGACUUCACCACGUCCCACGGGCGCUUCCGAGACCUGCGCAAGUCCAAGUUCCGCCUCAACAAGGGGGACAAGCAGCUGGACUUCACGUAUGAGAUGACGAGGCAGGCGUUUGUAGCAGGUGGUGCCGGUGGCGGGGAGCCCCCCCACGUGCCUCAUCACAUCUCAGACGUGCUCUCUGACAUCACGUACUAUGUGUACAAGGCUCGGCGCACACCCCGGUCGGUGCUUUGUGGACACGUGCGGGCUCAGUGGGAGCCCAACGAGUACCCCGCCAGCAUGGAGCGUAUGCAGAACUGGACGCCCGACGAGUGUAUCCCCGAAUUUUACACCGAUCCCUCCAUCUUCUGCUCCAUUCACCCUGACAUGCCUGACCUGGAUGUGCCAGCCUGGUGUGGCUCCAGCCAGGAGUUUGUGGCUGCCCACCGGCUGCUGCUGGAGAGCCGCGAGGUGUCCCAGGACCUGCACCACUGGAUCGAUCUCACCUUCGGCUACAAACUCCAGGGCAAGGAAGCUGUAAAGGAGAAGAAUGUGUGCCUGCACCUGGUGGAUGCCCACACGCACCUGACCAACUAUGGUGUGGUGCAGCUCUUUGAUCAGCCACACCCCCAGCGCCUGGCUGGGGCUCCUGCGCUUGCCCCUGAGCCGCCGCUCAUCCCUAAGCUGUUGUUCCAGACCAUCCAGGAGAGCACCGGCCAGGAGGACUUCCCGGGGCAGCUUGCAAAUGGAGUGGGCAGACUGGUUUUGGAGGCUACUCCCUGUGAGGCUGGCUGGGCCAGAGACAGACCGGUGGUGGGGGAAGAUGACUUGGAGCAGGCCACGGAAGCUCUCGAUUCCAUCUCCCUUGCUGGGAAAGCAGGUGACCAGCUGGUUCCCUCCUCUUCCUCUGGUCAAGCUCCCCCAGGCCUCCUGUCUUUUUCCGUGGCCUCAGCCACUCGACCAGGCCGCAGGAACAGAGCUGUUGGGAUAGACCCCGGGGAAGGCGAGGAAGGGAAAAUUCUUCUUCCAGAGGGCUUCAAUCCCGUGCAGGCGCUGGAGGAGCUGGAGAAACUAGGCAACUUCCUGACCAAAGGUCUAGGGGGCCGGUUGGAGGUGCCCGAGCAACCCCAGGUUCAGCCACCUGUGCAGCUGCGGGACCUCUUCCAUCGGGACAUGCAGGCGCUGGGCAUCCUAUUGGCUGAGAUGGUGUUUGCCACCAGGAUCCGAUCACUGCAGCCUGAUGCGCCUUUGUGGGUACGCUUUGAGGCGGCUCGGGGGCUCUGCACACGCCAUCCCAAGGAGAUCCCCGUGUCUCUGCAGCCCAUGCUGGACAUGCUCCUGCAACUGAGUGGCCCUGAAGGCCCAGCCACAGCAGGGGAUGGCAAGCCGGGCCCACUGUUUGAGUACCGACCUGUCUCCCAGGGAUUGCCCCCACCCUCCCCGGCCCAGCUCCUCAGCCCCUUCAGCUCGGUGGUUCCCUUCCCUCCGUACUUCCCUGCACUGCACAAGUUCAUCCUUCUGUACCAGGAGAGGCGCGUGGAGGACGAGGCUCAGGGGCGGGAACUGGUCUUUGCUCUGUGGCAGCAGCUGGGUGCAGUGCUGAGCGACAUCACCCCUGAGGGCCUGGAGAUCCUGUUGCCCUUCGUGCUGUCACUCAUGUCUGAGGAGCACACGGCUGUGUAUACGGCCUGGUACCUAUUUGAACCUGUUGCCAAGGCACUGGGCCCCAGAAAUGCUAAUAAGUACCUACUGAAGCCUCUCAUUGGUGCCUACGAGAGCCCCUGCCGGCUCCAUGGCCGCUUCUACCUAUACACUGACUGCUUCGUGGCCCAGCUGAUCGUGCGGCUCGGCCUGCAGGCCUUUCUUGUCCACCUGCUGCCCCAUGUCCUGCAGGUGCUGGCUGGCGUGGAGGCCUCCCAGGAAGAAAGCAAGGGCCUGGCCGGGGCUGCCGAGGAUGAGGAAAGCGGGCUCCCAGGGGCCAGGCCCAGCUCCUGUGCCUUUGGGGAGGAGAUGCCGAUGGAUGGGGAGCCAGCUGCUGCUUCGUCAGGUCUGGGGCUCCCAGAUUAUACGUCUGGCGUCAGCUUCCACGACCAGGCGGACCUCUCGGAGACAGAGGACUUCCAGGCGGGGCUCUAUGUGUCCGAGUCCCCGCAGCCCCAGGAGGCUGAGGCGGUGAGCCUGGGCCAGCUGAGUGACAAGAGCAGCACCAGUGAGACCUCCCUGGGCGAGGAGCAGGCUGCAGACGAAGGGGGAGCCCCCAUGGACAAGAGCAGCCUCAGGUCAGGUGACAGCAGUCAGGACUUGAAGCAGAGCGAAGGCUCAGAGGAGGAGGAGGAGGAGGAAGAGGAAGGCUGUGUGGUGUUAGAGGAGGGAGAGGAAGAGGGGGAGCAAGAUGAAGUCACUGGGGCAUCUGAACUCACUCUCUCCAACACGGUGCUGUCCAUGGACACGGUUGUGGCUGCUGGUGGUGGGGCAGAUGGGGAGGACGAAGAGGAGCCGCUGACUGAGCGGUCGGAGGGCCAAGAACAGAAGAUCCUUCUUGAUACUGCCUGCAAGAUGGUCCGCUGGCUGUCUGCCAAGCUUGGCCCAACGGUGGCCUCCCGUCACGUAGCCCGCAACCUGCUCCGCCUGCUGACAUCAUGUUAUGUUGGGUCCACUCGGCAGCAGUUCACGGUGAGCAGUGGCGAGAGCCCCCCGCUGGGUGCCGGCAACAUCUACCAGAAGAGACCGGUCCUGGGCGAUAUAGUGUCGGGGCCUGUGCUCAGCUGCCUCCUCCACAUCGCCCAUCUGUAUGGGGAGCCUGUCCUCACCUACCAGUACCUGCCCUACAUCAGCUACCUGGUGGCCCCAGGUAGCACCUCAAGCCCCAGUCGGCUGAACAGCCGUAAGGAGGCUGGGCUGCUGGCAGCGGUGACUCUGGCCCAGAAGAUCAUUGUGUACCUCUCCGACACCACCCUCAUGGACAUCCUGCCCCGUAUCAGCCACGAGGUCUUGCUGCCCGUGCUCACCUUCCUUACUUCCCUCGUCACAGGGUUCCCGAGUGGAGCGCAGGCCCGGACGGUCCUGUGUCUGAAAACCAUCAGCCUCAUCGCCCUCAUCUGCCUUCGCAUCGGACAGGAGAUGGUCCAGCAGCACCUGAGCGAGCCUGUGGCCACCUUCUUCCAAGUCUUCUCUCAGCUGCACGAGCUGCGGCACCAGGAUCUGGAUCCCAUGGGCCACAGCGAGGGCCAGCUGCCCGAGGUGGCCUUCUCUGACGGGCAGCAGCGGCUGGUGGACCCCGCCCUGCUAGAUGAGCUGCAGAAGGUGUUCACCUUGGAGAUGGCGUACACCAUCUACGUGCCUUUCUCCUGCCUGCUGGGUGACAUCAUCCAGAAAAUCAUUCCUAACCAUGAGCUGGUGGGGGAGCUGGCAGGGCUGUAUUUGGAGAGCAUCAGCCCGAGCAGUCGCAGCCCUGCCAGUGUGGAGCCCACCGUGCCCAGCGCCGGCCUUGAGUCGGACCCCCAGGGUGGGGGCUGCUCCCAGGAUGACGGCCACUCGGGGACCUUUGGGAGUGUCCUAGUCGGGAACCGCAUCCAGAUCCCAGACGACACUCAGCCGGAGAGCUCCGGCCCCCUGGGCCUGAUCUCCGGGAUGGGCAGUGGGGGCCUCGGCAGCGAAAGCGAAGACAACGCACUGAAGCGGGAGCUGCCACGGAGCGCCCACGGGCUGAGCGGGAACUGGCUGGCAUACUGGCAGUACGAGAUCGGCGUGAGCCAGCAGGAUGCCCACUUUCACUUCCACCAGAUCCGCCUGCAGAGCUUCCCAGGCCACUCGGGGGCUGUCAAGUGCGUGGCACCCCUGAGCAGUGAGGACUUCUUCCUGAGUGGCAGCAAGGACCGCACCGUGCGCCUCUGGCCCCUCUACAACUACGGGGACGGCACCAGCGAGACAGCCCCACGCCUCAUCUACGCCCAGCACCGCAAGGGCGUCUUUUUUGUGGGCCAGCUGGAGGCCCCCCAGUAUGUGGUGAGCUGUGAUGGGGCUGUGCACAUCUGGGACCCCUUCACAGGGAAGACCCUUCGCACGGUGGAGCCGUCGGACAGCCGGGUCCCGCUGACCGCCGUGGCUGUCAUGCCUGCUCCCCACAGCAGCGUCACCAUGGCCAGCUCUGACUCGACCCUGCGCUUUGUGGACAGUAGGAAGCCUGGCCUGCAGCAUGAGUUCCGGCUGGGUGGCGGGCUGAACCCCGGGCUGGUCCGCUCCCUGGCCGUGAGUCCCAGUGGUCGCAGCGUCGUGGCCGGUUUCUCCUCGGGCUUCAUGGUGCUCCUGGACACCCGCACAGGCCUGGUUCUACGUGGCUGGCCUGCCCACGAAGGGGACAUCCUGCAGAUCAAGGCCGUGGAGGGCGGUGUCCUGGUCAGCUCCUCCUCCGACCAUUCCUUGACCGUCUGGAAGGAGCUGGAGCAGAAGCCCACACACCACUACAAGUCCGCGUCUGACCCGAUCCACACCUUCGACCUGUACUGCAGCGAGGUGAUCACCGGCACCGUGGCCAACAAGAUCGGCGUCUGCUCCCUGCUUGAGCCGCCCUCCCAGGCCACCACCAAGCUCAGCUCAGAGAACUUCCGUGGCACACUCACCAGCCUGGCCCUGCUGCCCACCAAGCGCCACCUCCUGCUGGGCUCAGACAAUGGGGUCAUCCGCCUCCUGGCAUAGGCUGAUGUGGGAGCUGGCCGGGCCUGGGUAGGCAGAUAUCCUCGGGGAGUCCACCCCCUCAUCCUUGUUUCCCCCUCCAUGCAAGCCUCUGGCCCCAUGCCCAGUGUUAACCAUGUGGCCUGCCAGCUAAGGCAGAAUGGGAGUCCGGGGUCCUGAGCCUCCAGAGCCACCAAGGUGGUCAGGGGUCUCAGUCAUGACUUGGGGAGACUGCCCCUGGCCAGCAGGAAGCAAGAGCAGGAGCUGGGAAAGCAUCGCUGCCCCUCUUCACCCCAGCUCUGCCCUCUGCGUCCACAUGGGGACAGGGGAGCUCAGGAAGAGGAAGGGAGACUGGCCCUGCCCACCUGCUUUCCAGCCAAGGCCCCCCACUUCCUGCUGGGCUCUCUGCCCCUGCCCCCCAAGGACAGAGAAGCUGCCCCAGUCCAGCACCCCAUGGUGCUUGGGCUCCAGCCUCUAUGGUCCAGGAAUUAAGGGCCUUGGGCUGGGGUUUAAGUGUCCAUGCAGCCAGGCCCUGCCCUGUGUGGGACCCGUAGGACAAAAAAGAGGUCAGGACCAGGGCAAAGAAGACGGACCGGCUAGCUGCUGCCUGCUGAGGGGCCCCCGGCUUGCCUGCUUACCCCUAACCACAGACAGUGUUUGUGCCUUGAACUGAGGAGGCAGCCCCUGAGCCCAGAACCCCUGUGAGGGGGUGAAAGGGGGGGGGGGUCCAAGAUCCUGAAAGAAGGGCCAGGAAGAAUUUCCUCUGUGCAUCUCAGGUCUCUCCCAGGGAACAAGAAGAUCCUGGGGUUCCCGGGUCCUCACAUUGUGGAGCAAAGCUGAGGUCUGGGACUGGGCCCCUGCUGCCUCCUCACUCUUUGCAAUAGAUGUAAAUAUGACCAAUAAACCCUUUGGAAGCGCCUUGGAA